GCGGAGCGGCGGGGGACCCGGCGCGGCCACUGGUAUCUCCUAAGAGCAUCUGUUCCAGGCAGUGGUGGCACCAUGCAGCAGGAGGCGGAGGGUGGCCGGCCGCGCCACAGGAAGCCCGACAUGGCCCUCUACGUGCCCAAAGCGCGGCGGGAGAGAGCGGCGCAAGUGGUGGGUGACACGCUGGCCGGGCAUCGCCAGGAGCCUGAGAACCACCGCCUGGCACAGGACUCUUGCCGGGGCAGCGGCGAGGGGCAGAGGCGAAGCCCCCGUGCCAGGACACAGGCAGGCAGAGCGGUGAGGAGGGAGAGCAAGGUGGAUGCCAGCCCAAAGGAGCCGCGGGCAGCCUCUGUCGGGUGCUGCCGGAGGCCGGGAGGCAGCUGCCCUGCUGUGCCUGGGGGCCCGGGGGCAUCACCCAGCGUGCGGGAGCCAUGCUCAGAUCCGGCUGUUGCCCAGCCCUGGGACAGGCAGGACAAAGCAUCCCAUGAUGAAGGACUCGGGGAGCUCAGCUGCAGCCACCGGAUGAUGAGGACCGAGCCUGACCUUCCAUCCCCACCGAGUGCCCAGCCUGGGGCCAUGGAGGCUACCCCUGAGCCCGGGGGCAACCCCACUAGCCCAACACCCCCUGCUAUCCCAACGCUGGUGUGUCGGACAGGGCUGAGUGGUGUGUCGGAGCAUUUGGGGGACAGCACCCCGGAUCCAGCUGGGGACCUCUCCCAGCACCCAGGAGAGGGUGUCCUGCAGCUGGCAGGGCCGAGCAACCAGGGCAGUGCGCCCGGGCUGGCAUGGGAGGUUGCAGCUCUGAAAGCCCAGGAGGAGGAGAGGGAAUGUGGGGAGUCUCUCCUGGCAGGGCAGAGCAAGAGCUGUGCUGCUGGGGUGCCGAAGGAGGAGGAGAGGUGGGGAGGCACGGCUGAGCUUGCCAGGGAGAGCACCUUGGAUGCACCAAGAGGAGCCAGCUGCGAACCCGGGUGCUCGAGGGGUGGUGCGGGUGAUGUGCCAGUGCUCCCAGGGGAGAGCACCCCAGGGCAGGGCAUUGUCAGCCUGUCCCAGCUCCUGCCUGGCAAGCAGGAGAACACUGCUGGUGUCGGGCAUCCUGGUGGGGAGGGUGACCCAGUGCCUGCUGCGGAGGGAGUGGGCAGCACUCCUGCCUGCACAGAUGGCAGUGCCAGGGCUGAGAGUGGCCCGCUGGAUGCUGAUGAGGAGCCGGCGAGCGGAGCGUCAGAGGGGGCACCCCCGGAGAGCCGCGAGCCCCCGCCACACCUGGAGCUGCUGUGCUGCGGCAUAGAGGGUCUCUCACCAGUGGCCUGGGCCAAGGAGCCUUCAGGGGCAGGCGAGGACAUGGGCUCACCGCAGCAGCACCGCUGCAGCCAGGAGGCCGAGGAGAAAAAGGGAGGUCUUCACAGCGGCUCCCCAAAGGUAGAGCAGGCCAGUGCCGGGACCCCAAGCCAGGCCAGCCCAGGUGCCGAGGAGAGCUGGGACGCGCUGUUCAAUGACGACGGGGACUGCCUGGACCCGCGCCUGCUGGAGGAGCUCUUGGGGGGUGAGAAGCGCCGGGAGAGCCGGCAGUCACCCCGCUUCGACUACUAUGGGGCCGAGCCCACCGCACCAGACCUCAGUGAUGCCGAGCUGCCCCACGUCAUCGAGAUCUAUGAUUUCCCCUCGGAUUUCCGCACUGAGGACCUGCUGCGUGUCUUCUGCAGCUAUCAGAAAAAAGGCUUUGAUAUUAAGUGGGUGGAUGACACGCACGCCCUGGGCAUCUUCUCCAGCCCCAUAACAGCACGCGAUGCCCUCAGCACCAAGCACCUGCUGGUGAAGACGCGCCCGCUCUCCCAGGGCACCCAUGCCUCUAAAGCCAAAGCCAGGGCGUACGCCGACUACCUGCAGCCAGCCAAGGAGCGCCCUGAAACAUCGGCCGCCCUGGCCAGGCGGCUGGUGAUCGGUGCCCUGGGGGUACGCAGCAACCAGACACCAGCCCAGCGAGAUGCUGAGCGGAGGAAGCUGCAAGAAGCCCGGGAGAGGAAGCGCCUGGAGAACAAGCAGCGGGAGGAUGCCUGGGAGGGCCGGGACUGAGCUGGAAGACUGCACCUUCAGCCCCACUGAGAACCCCCUGGGGUGCCCGGGCCCUUCUCUGCGGGCAGGCAGGGCACCCUGCAUCUCAGAGCUGGGAUGGAUCCUGCACCGCAUCCAAAAGCACUGGGCUGCUGCACCGAAAGGGCUGAGCAGGACGCGCGCAGGUUUGUUGGUGCCGUGCAGAUGCUGUCGCCGUCAGGCAGCGCUGCCCAUCCUGCCCGGGGCAGGACCCCUGGUGCUGCCUGCUGCAGCGGGAGCAGCCAGCGGGAUGCGGGGAGCUCGGCAGCGAGCAUGCAGGGUCGUGCGGGGUGGCCCUGGCCACCUGGCAGGGCCUUGCGAGCGAGAGUUUCUGUCCUUUAUUUUGCUAAUAAAUGCCAUUUAUUUUACUGUG